GGCAUGGCGUACUACCAGACUGCGCUCUCGGUCAAGGACCGGACCUCUGAGUUCCACACGCUCGUCGACUCGAACCGGCCCGACUUUGUGGGGCAGAGCACCAUCUCGCCGCGGGAGCGGCUUCUCGCCAGCGGAGGGCCCUCGUCGUCGUCGUCGCUGGCCGCUUCCCGAGCAGGGACACCGAGCCAGCAGCAGCAUCAUCAUCAUCAGCAGCAGCAAAAUGGAAGCGCAGCUGCCUCGUCGCCCAAGGGCGAGUUUGCGAAACGCGCACAGGCGAUUGGCAAGGACAUCAGCGACACGACAGCCAAGCUCGGCAGGCUUGCACAGCUCGCACGGAGAAAGACGAUGUUUGACGACCGGCCCGUGGAGAUCUCGGAGCUGACAUACAUCAUCAAGCACGACAUUGCGGCCAUCAACCGGCAGCUGUCGGACCUGCAGGCGUUUAACAAGCUCCAGGCCGCCAAGCGGGGUGGGGGCGGGCCCAAGGGAAAGGCGCCGCAGGACAAGGCCGAGGAGCACCGGGGCAACGUCGUGACGCUGCUCCAGACGAAGCUGGCGGGUGCCACGACGUCGUUCCAGGACAUUCUUGAGAUUCGAACGCAGAACAUGAAGGCUUCGCGCGACCGCACCGAGCAGUUUGCCUACAGCGGUACUGCAGGCCAGGCCGUGCCGGGCGAGAACUCAGACUCGCCGCUGUACAACCCAAGCCGAAAUGCUGCUGCUGCUGCUGCGGCCGCCCAUCGAGCGGCGCCUGCGCAGGCCGGCGGGGCCAACCAGGCCGCGCUGGACCAGAGCAGCUACAGCAACGGCAAGGACAAGGGCGGCGAGUUUCUCGCCCUCGACAUGGGCAACCAGCCGCAGACGUCGGACCAGUACAUGCAGAUGCAGAUGAUGGAGGGUGGGGGCGACCAGGCGUACGUGCAGCAGCGGUCGAGCGCCAUCGAGUCGAUUGAGAGCACCAUUUCCGAGCUCGGCCAGAUCUUCAGCCAGCUGGCCCACAUGGUCGCCGAGCAGCGCGAGACGGUGCAGCGCAUCGACGACGACGUCCACGACGUCUCGGACAACGUCAGCGGCGCCCAGCGCGAGCUGCUCAAGUACUAUGCGAGCGUCAGCAGCAACCGCUGGCUGAUGCUCAAGAUCUUUGGGGUCCUCAUUGUCUUUUUCCUCCUCUUCAUCCUCGUCAGCUGAGCCAGUCCGGCGCGAUAUCCCACCCAAUUUACAUAGAGAGAGAGAGAGAGAAUUGCAUUCAUUGUCUGUUGCUCAGGCUUGGGCUGCUGCUGCUGCUUCUGCUGCCGCUGCUUCUGCUGCCG